AUGUCGGAUUUGGUUAUUGCACUCGUAGCCUUCGCCGUUCUUUUUGUGGUGUUUAUCAUCUUAAGCUGCAUCAUGGGCGGCGAAAAAGAUGUUCAUUCUCCACCGCCGCUUCCACGACCAGGGCAACUCCGGAUGCCUGUCUAUAGAACCAAAGAUAAAGAUUUAGGAGGCGAUGGCACCGCCAUAUCAGUGGCUGGAACCGAUAUCUAUGGUGGUUCAGGUGUUGGUUCUGGCGGUCAUGGAGGUAGAGGCAUCAUCACCAGCGAUACAAAGCUUCCUUCUCCACCGCCACCUUCACCACUCCCACCACGACCAGUGCAGCGGCCGAAAUCAGUGUCUAGAACAAAAGAUCGAGAAUUGAUAGACACUGGCACCGCCAUGUUAGUGGCUUCAUCCCUUCUUACUAGUGGUUCCGCUAGUAGUUGUAGUGGUGGUGGCAGUCAUGGGCAUGGUUGUGGCGGUGGGGGAGGAGGUGGUGGUGGUGGUUUAGGUGGCGGCGGUUGCGGAGGCGGCGGUUGUGGAGGGUGA